CUUCGCUUUUGCCUGCUUGAGACGAGACGAUGCGACAUGGCCGAGAGGCGAGCUGGACCGCGCCGGGCUCGUGUCUCGCGUCCGCUGACCUGUGUCAAGUAUAAGCCGUUUGGCAAGCCUGCUCCUCCUCGCCGGGCCCCGUCUGUCCACGCGGACUGAAAAAGAAAGCGAGCCUGUCUCCGCGCUCUUCGUUCGCUUCUUCCGCUGCUGCUCCUCUCUUCCUUCGACCUGUCUGCUGCUGGCUGUGCCAGAGUGCCGCAAUCCUCGCCCUUCGUUACACAUCGCAAGACGACUCACCUGCACCGCAUUGAUGCCCUAGCGGUCCCAUGCGCUGCAGUACCGCACCCGCUCGACGCUAUUAAUUCGUUCCGUUGUUCCCGCCUUGCGAAAGGGUCCGCGCAAGCUCUCUCGUCACUCUUUCGGUCUUUCCAGAAGCCUCGUGCGCCCUGCACCUGACUGUCCGUUCAUUUGUGUCUUUAAAGCACUCCGGCUCUCCUCCUACAGGGUUCAACCUCGACAAGGCUUACUCUGUCUUUUCCUGUUCAGAGUGCCCGUCCACGCCGGCCAGUCCUUUGCAGCGUCCUUUCGAGUCUUUUCCUACGUGGCCCUUUGCUCCGUACCGACCCAAGCCCUCUGUCGUACGACCUCGACGUCGGGACCGGGUCCAUCACGAUCAUUUCUACAUCACUCGUUCUUUAAGAAGGCUCCUCAAUCUUUCGUCACACAUUCGUUGAUCCUACGAACGGUCUCUCUGGAACUCGGGAACAAAAGUCAAGCUUUCGGCAGGCCCACCGCUACAAACUUGAGUUUGCCUGUUCGUCGUAUACAACAGGUACUCCUUCCCGCUCUCAGCUUAACCUCUUCGUCUCACACCGGCACUCUUAACUGAGCUGUCUGUUCUGAUACUUUUGCAUUUCUUGCCCGACCAAAAACCCACGCUGCUCGACUCGUACGACAACCAACCUGGACCCAAGACCUCUGUUGAUGAUCCCAGUGCCCAAAAUGUUUCAGUCACUCUCACCCGCGCCACAGCAGUCUUCGUUCCGCCUUCGCCUCAAGACUGCUUUCACCCCACGAGGUGCUUAUGCUUCCAGCAGCUCCUCCACGGGAACCACGUCGCCGCUCUCGAGGCGGGACAGCGACGAGUUCUCUCCCGGGUCCUUCUUCUCCGCUAGCUCAACCGACACUCGUGCAUCCAACUUCUCGGCGUCUGUUCGCCUUAGGGCUUUGCUUAUGAAGCACCACAAGCCGAGCGUCACGGAUCUGCAGCUGCAGGAGGAGCUACGCUCUCACCCACAGGAACUGAACUUGCUAGAGCCGAGGCCACAGAACAUGUUUGUCAUGGGUGGUAUCUUCGACGUCAUCGAGGGCAAGGCAUGAUGGUAGCCCUCAGACAACCUUUCGCUAUUCUACAAAGAGCUGAGGGACAUGGACAUGGCUUUAAUGUCUUUCUGUUCGCAUGAGUGGCUUUAGAGGGCAUUUCUUUUAAUGCUUUUGCAGUGUCGAGGCUCUGCGUCCAUCGUGGUGGCAGCUUCUUCGCACUGUCCCUACGACUUAUUUGGGGCUACCUCUGAAAUUUGAUCGGACCUGAUGUGUCACAUGCUUUUCCACGCUAUAUUUGGGAGAACACGGUUUGGCGUAUGGUAGGACUAUUUAGCGAGGCCUGCUUGAUGACCUCCGCCGGACGAGGGAUAAAUGGUAUCAUGGCGUCUGUACUGAGUGGGAGGGUUUUUUUUGGUGGGAUCAUACGAAGUCUACGGACAUGUUUAAGCGCGGCAGGUAUUGGAACUGCAAAUAAUGAAUGGUCUUGUUUUCCCUCCCUUAUCCUCUUUUUUGUCUCUCUUGCAUGUUCAUCUAAAGCUCGAAAGAUCGUGUUCCCGCUCUUUUCAAUGCACUCUCGGGAUUGAUCACGAUGGACAGAGAAGUGAGAAGCAGGUAGAUUGAGAAAGAUGCGAACGGCAUAGUGCGUCUCACGCUUUCAUUAUUGUGCCGUGCCAGG